AUGUCCAAACGAGUGGAUUCAAGCCAGCCUGGUGCUCCAUUGAACCCAAAACCGUUCCUAACGAACCUAGCAGGGAAGACUGUGAUCGUUAAGCUCAAAUGGGGAAUGGAAUACAGAGGAAUCCUAAAGUCCUUUGAUAGCUACAUGAAUCUCCAGCUGGACAGCGCAGAAGAGUGGCAGAAUGGAACCCUAAAGGGAAAGCUCGGUGGAGAGGUUUUGAUUAGGUUUGUUAACGGAUUAUAA